CCAGCGCAACAACUCUCAACUCUUCUUCAUUGCCAAGAACAAAUACAACAGGGAGCCACAGGAGGGUGAACCAUUAUUGGGCCUAAGUUGUUCGACGUGCCUUAGUUCACAAUUCGCAUGACUGGUGGUGGUUUCACGGUUUUGGAUUCAGGAUCUUCUGGUGGACAUUUCUCUGGAUCUUCUCAUAUUCGAGGUCCUACAUGGCUGCAUCUCCCGAUCUUAACGUUAUGCCUGCUUGGAGUGCAAAUAUCAUGGUCGGUUGAGAUGUCGAACGCAUCACCAUACUUGCUCUCGCUCGGACUUUCCAAGUCAGCAAUGGCCAUAGUUUUUGUUGCAGGUCCGCUUUCGGGGUUGAUUGUUCAACCAUUGAUAGGGGUCUUGGCCGAUAACAACACCUCAAAAUGGGGAAGGAGACGACCAUAUAUGAUGAUUGGAUCAGUAGUAUGUGCCGGUGCGCUUUUACUUUUAGGUUGGACAAAAGUUGUUGCAGGCUGGUUUGGACAAGCGGAAUCCUCGGUCGUCAUAAUGCUUGCAGUCCUAUCCAUAUAUGUGAUCGACUUUAGUAUAAAUGCAGUCCAAGCGAUGGAUCGAGCACUGUUAGUCGACACUCUUCCGUCUGUACUUCAACCUGCGGGAAAUGCAUGGGCAGCAAAGAUGCUUGCUAUCGGAAACGUCAUUGGUUUCUUCGUCGGCAAUCUCGAUUUACCUCUUCAUCUCUCUUUCCUUGGUUCGACUCAACUGGAAGUGCUCAGCUUAAUUGGGUCGUUUGUCUUGCUCUCGACUCAUUUGACAACAGCCUCUAUGGUUCGCGAAAAAGUCCUUUUGGAAAAGUCUCAAUCCGGAAGUGCUGGGCCGAUCCGGAAGUUUGUUCAGGAGCUCAAAGACAUUUGGAUACAUAUGUUGACGUUACCUCGUGUAAUUCGACAGAUAUGUAUGAUACAGUUCUUCGCGUGGCUAGGCUGGUUCCCCAUCCUUUUCUACACCUCCGUCUACAUAGGUGACUUGAACAAAAGGGCGUUUUAUGCGACGGUCUCGGUCAUACCUCCACCUGGUUCUUCGUCGAGUCCCAUAACACCAGAAAUCUUGGCUUCCCUCGACACUGAAUCAUCACGUCUCGGCUCACGUGCGCUGUUCUACUCAUCUCUGAUAACACUGUUCAUGAACUUUGCCCUGCCUUACUUUGUCACUGAGGCGUCGACGAAUUCAAGGAGAAGAAAGCAGAAGAGACACCAGCAAACUGUUGCGAAUGGUUUCGGCAGUUCGCACUCCCCGAACGGCACCUUCGGAGGUGGAAUGAAUGAGACCUCCAACCCUACCUCAGAAACACUCAACCGAGGAAGAAAUAUUUUCCGAAAAAUUAGUGCUUUCGCAAUCCCAGAAAGGAUGCAAUUACACCUCGCAAGUUUAUGGGCAAUCGGCCAUGCAGUGUUCGCUCUCUGUAUGCUCAGCACAUUUUUCACAUCCUCAGUCUCGGGUGCAAGUAUUCUUGUCGCGGCGACAGGGUUCUCCUGGGCCAUUACCCAAUGGGUCCCUUUUGCUCUGCUUGGAGAGGCAAUCCUUACGGAGCCCUCAGCUCUCGCAGAUGAUCGUACAUCCAUUCAAUUAGUUGAUACGCGACACAGGAGACGAAGCGGAAGUGUAAUCCUCGCCAGGACCAGCUCAGAGAGUCGACGUGAACUUUCAAUGCUGAGUCGCUCUGAUAUCGACUCACGAGGGGGAACGUUCACUAUUGAGGAUCAAUCUGAUGACGACGUCGAUGGAGAUGAGAGCAAACAGACCCCUCAGCAAAUGCGAUCUACGCUUUUCGGCAACGCAGCAGCAGGUGUUAGCAAGAUCGAUAUUUCCGGAAGUCGAGAUGACCCGCAAUAUCCCCAUGACGACGACGAUGACGGAGAAGAAGCCGUUCUAGUCGGCCAAGUGCGGGAUGAGGAAGGAGAUGUUGGCACAUCUGAUGAUACCGAUGUCACCAGCGGAAGUGGCUUAAGCGCCAAGGCUGGAAUUAUACUGGGAAUCCACAAUAUAUUCAUCGUUAUACCCCAGUUUCUUGUAACGGGCAUCUCUUCCGUCAUCUUUGCUCUAAUCGACCCAUCCAAAAGUGUCUUGCAUGGCAAGCACCCUGGUACCUCGCAUCGAGCCGUCGACACUACAGAAUUUACAAGUGUAACAACUCAGCUAUCGCGGUUACUUUCUAUUCGAAACGAAACAAGCGAUCAGGAAGCCAUAUUAGAGGAGCUUGUAGAGUUAGAAGCAGCCGCGAAAUCAAACUCGGUUAUUUACAUAUUCAGGAUUGGAGGAGUAGCUGCGUUCAUUGCCUUCAUCCUAUGUUGGAGGCUGUCUAGAGAGCUUCGACAUCGAUAA